UUAUUAUAAUUUCUAUUCAUUUCUCUCCAUCUCUUACUUUUCUUUUCAUCUCUAUGCAACCCUAUUCUUUUUAUCCUCUGGACAAUCUUUAGCUCUCAAAACGAGCUAAGCAAAACUACUUUUAUAACCAGAAAAACCUUUGAGCCAUAAAUUUCAAUACGAUCGAACAUUUCUGAACCACUGAAGAAUAUCUGAUUCUGUGGAAAAAGCUUCUCAGUCUUUCAAGGAGAUAAACAACAAUGGGUUCACUGAGCAAGUUUCAUGGUCAAAAUGCCUUGAGGGAGAGGGCAAGAAAAUUGGAUCAGGGUAUCCUGAUUAUAAGGUUAUUGAAGGAAUGAGUGACAGCAUGAUUCUUCUCAAAAACAUUGUGCCUGCAGCUCAGAACAACAUAGACACUAAAUUCAUCCUUUUGGACAAAGGGAAAACCAUAGUAGAAGGGCAUAACAAGAUGUGCUUGGCCCUUGUGGCUGAUAAAACUGCAGCAGUUCAUUUUCAGUUUUGGGGAGAUGAGUGUGAUGCAUUUGAUUCAGGUGACAUAAUUUGUCUUACCAAUGGCAUAUUUUCAUACCAGCACAAGAACCUUGUACUGCGGGCAGGGAAGAGAGGGAAGCUAGUGAAGGUGGGGGAGUUUACUAUGGCCUAUGUUGAGACACCAAAUAUGAGUGAGAUUCAUUGGAUUCCUGACCCAAACAAUUCUAAGAAAUAUGUUCAAGAAUAUGUAAUAUCUCUUGUGUCGCGCAUUUUCCCUCCUCUUCCUUCUGAUAUGUAAAAGGUUUGUUCAAGAAUAUGAACCCAUGUUUAAGCAUUUUUUUUUCACGGUUCCAAAAGAAGGACCGUUUUGUUUUCUCUUUUCUGUUUUGUCCUUGUUGUAAUAUGGGGUUAAGUUCAUGUGCAAUAAACUAUUUAUUGAUUUAUGUAAAUACAUAAUGGUACACCUUGUCACAUCACUUUGGUUUCAUUGUUCUGAAGCCUUAUUUGAUACCUUGUUAUGUACCUAGAGAUGAUUUGUAAAUUUUAA